AUGCUGUGGCUGCUCGUGUGGCUGGGAGCGGCUGCUCAGGUGCUCGCGCGCCCCUCGCGUGGGGAGGCGAAUCCGCCUGCCUUCAGCAGUGACCGCGCCGGCAACUACUCUUUUCACAUCGCCGUCGAUCGCCUGGAAAUUCAGAAUGUCAAUUUCAAGGUGCAUCUGACAGUUUUUCUGGGUGGCUCUGCGAAUAGAAACUAUACAAAUAAAUGUAAAACGUGA